AUGGCGGAGACGGUGUUGCAAGACGGACACGUGUCGGACCGAUGCGGCGUCCACCUCAAAGUCACUCAAGGCCCCAGCGUGAGCCGCGCCGGUCCUGCAUCGGGGACACAGACAGUGUCCCAGCGGGAGGGGCCGCCUGGGCUGCGGAGGGGCCCCGGCGAAACGCAGGUUUGGGUCCACAGAGGGCUUCCGGUCACAGCUUUCCUGGCUCCCACACCCCAGGGAAAGAGUCUUUCUGGGCAGGAGGGGAAGACACUGCUCCAGCAAAGGGACGCAGUGGGGACGGCCCCGCCCCUGGGCUCGGAGAGUGCCCUGCAGACCCCGCCCGUGACCCCGGGUGGCCAGCGCGGCUGCCCUGGGGCAGCCCCCCCCCCCCCGCCCGGCUCUGGAGAGGACGGGGAGGGGCCUCGAGGAGCACAGACGCCGGCUCCUCCGGCCGGAGAGAGGCCCAGCCGCUCCCGGGAGAGCGAGCGAGCGGUCAGCAGGGGCAGGGCAGGCCACGCGGCCCGACGGGGUGAACGGGACCCGUCCUCCCUGUGUGGAGAGGCCAUGCGGGUCCAGGAGGAGGCUGACGCCCAGCUUGGGCUGGGGAUGGGCGGGGCGGGGUGAUUCCCAAGAAGGGCGUGGGCCGCGGUCACUCACGGCUGCUGGCUGUUGUCUCAGGAGAACGAGAGGAGACCGGUCCCCCCUCCGCCGGCCGGUCGGCCCCCGCAGCGCCCCUUCCACCCACCAGGGCCCCUCAUGUCCUGCGGGCUCUCUGCGUCCGGGCCUCGACACCUUCACUGCCUCCUGCUUUGGAGGGGGGCGGGGGGCUGGCAGGACGCAUCCCCUACUGGCUGCAGGACUGAGGUCCCGUUUUCUUGCAGGCUGUCAGCUGGGGUCCCCCAGCUCCCACAAGUCACCCCCAGACCCUUGCCUCAUUGUCAGGAGCCUACCAACAGCCGACCCUUGACACAGUGGGGUCAAGUGAGACGCAUCCGCACAGCAGAGGGGACUGUGGCCGGGUCUCCUGUCUGUCCCCUCCUGUGUGCCUGUCCCUGCUAGCAGCAGGCAGUGGGGUUUUGGGACACCUGUGGGUUACAAUAA